AUGAAUACCCGUCAAUCUAUCGAUGAGUCCAUCGGGCCAUAUUCACUUUCAGCAACAUUUAAUCAUGACAACAGCUGUUUCUCGGUGGGCCUGGACACAGGAUUCUGUGUAUAUAAUGCCAACCCAUGCGAGCUGAAAGUCUUGAGAGAUUUCAAUGCGGGCAUCGGAAUAGCGGAGAUGCUUGGCCAGUCGAACUACUUGGCUAUAGUUGGGGGUGGAAAGAACCCCAAAUUCCCUCAGAACAAGUUGGUCAUAUGGGAUGAUGCCAAACAGAAAGUGGCGAUCACUUUGGAGUUCCGCACCUCGGUCCUCGGAGUUCGUCUUUCGAAAUCCAAGAUUGUCGCUGUUUUAUUGAAUAACGUUCAUGUAUUUGCAUUUUCCAAUCCGCCACAGAAGCUCUCGGUUUUCGAGACCUCCGACAACCCUUUGGGACUGGCCUGUCUUGACCAGAAGUUGCUGGCUUUUCCUGGUCGAUCCCCUGGCCAAGUCCAAAUGAUAGAGCUGGAAACUGGGAAUAUCAGCAUCAUACCCGCACAUAGCACUCCGUUGCGUGCUAUGGCGUUAAGUCCAGAUGGUAAAUUAUUGGCAACGGCGAGUGAGUCGGGGACAUUGGUUCGUAUAUUCGCUACAGGGAAUUGCACGAAGUUGGCAGAAUUGCGACGCGGUGUUGACCACGCAGUGAUAUUUUCGAUCUCCUUUUCACCAUCCAAUACUUUGCUGGCAGUAACAUCGGACAAAUCAACUUUGCACAUUUUUGACCUUCCCCACCAGCAACCGGUCUCUCGCCGCAGCCAGUCACCAAUACCAGCGUCCGACGAAUCGACUUCCAGUCACAAAUGGGGAAUCCUUGGCAAAAUUCCUCUGCUUCCUCGUGUCUUCUCCGAUGUUUAUUCAUUUGCCAAUGCACAUUUCGAGAUUGGCGAGCAAGCCAACACGGGCUCGUCGUAUGUGCCACCAAUUGGAGCAUCAUUUGGUCGACCUCAAAAAGGCCUCAUAGGCUGGUGUGAUGACCAGACUUUGUUGGUAGUAGGGUCUGGAAGAGAAGGGCGCUGGGAGAAAUUUGUGAUUCGAGAUGGCGAAGAAGGAAAGAGAUAUUGUCUGCGGGAUGGCUGGAAAAGAUAUCUUGGUGGUUGA